AUGUGCUCGUCGCCUGAUCUCAAGCGAAAACCUGCCGUUACCGAACCCGACGCGGAGAUCGACAUAAAGCGGCCGAGGAUGCUCACACCAGCGCCGGACGCAGCGCCAUCGUCUUCAGAGGCAGGGCCGUCCCGCCUGACACCUCCAUCGUCAUCGCCGGAGAUGACAGAAGAGAACGACGCAGAGACCGACGUCGAGGCGGGCCCAACCACCGCCCCCAUGCUGGGAUUUUCGAUCAAGUAUCAAGGCACGGUGCUGUCCGUUCGACUGGCAGAGGACGAGACGGUGGCCGACCUCAAGGCUAUCCUAUUCUCCAUGACGGAUGUGCCUUCAGAGAGCCAGAAGCUUCUGGGCAUGGUCAAGGGCAAGCAACCGAGCGACGAGACGCCCCUGGGCACCGUCCCCUACGCACCUGCAGCUCUGCGCCCGCGUCCCGCUCGAACGCAGGCUGAAGGAUCCAAGACUACAGACACAGCCAUAGAUGCAGAACAGGCGUGCAAGCUCACCGUCCAGUUCACACUGCUCGGCACGCCCGAAGCUGGGCGCUUCAAAGAUCAGGCCGCCGGGGGCACGCUCUCGAGCGACGGGGCCGAAACCGUGCAAGACCUCGACUACCUCGGGCUACCCGACUCCCAAGCGCCCAAGCUCGAGCCACACAAAGACCCCAAGUAUCUCGCCAAGCUCGAAAAGGUGAUCCAGCGCUUCUCCGACUUUCCGAUCAUCAACCCGCCUCGGCCGGGCAAGAAGCUGCUGGUGCUCGACCUCGACUACUGCAUCGCCGAUACCAAGCGGCUGCUGGAUCCGAACUCGCCCGCGUCGCUCGGCGCGCGUCCCGGCCUGCACGAGCUGCUCAAGGCCGUGUAUCCGCACUACGACAUCUGUGUGUGGUCGCAGACGUCGUGGCGGUGGCUCGAGGUGAAGCUGAUCGAGCUCGGCAUGCUGGGCAAUCCGGACUACCAGAUCUCGUUUGUGAUUGACCGCACGCCCAUGUUCAAGAUCCAGUCCAAGGUGGGCACGCACGAGGUCAAGGCGCUCGAGUUCAUCUGGCGCCGCUGGCCCCAAGCCUACGGCCCACACAACACCAUCCACAUCGACGACCUCAGCCGCAACUUUGCCAUGAACCCACGCAACGGCCUCAAGAUCAAGGCGUACAGGAACGCGCCCAACAUGGACACCGAGUUCUUUGCCCUCCGCCGGUAUCUGCUGCAGCUCGCGCAUCCGUCCGUGCAGGACUUCACAAAGUACGAACACAUGGGCCGCGCAUGGAAGCGCUUUCAAGGUCCCGAGGUUUAA